AUGGGUUUGUGUCACAGCGAAGAGGAGAAGCAGGGCCUGUCCGUGAGCAAACAAAUCGACAAAAAACUCAAGGAUUCGUACGCCAAGGAGGAGCGUGUCAUCAAGUUGUUGUUGUUGGGUGAGUUGUUAUCAGGUGUAGAUUUAAUACUAUAUAAUACUAUGUAGUGCUAUAUACAAAAAACCCAUUUUUUGAGUUUUUGUUUAUUUUAGUGUUCUGCACAAACAUUGGUUUUUUCAAUUUUAAAAUUCAGUACUAUUCAGUAUUACACAAAAUUAUGAAAUUUAGUACUAUUCAGUAUUACACAAAAUUAUGAAAUUUAGUACUAUUCAGUACCUCUCAUCACUAAUAAAAUUAUUUUAGGUGCUGGAGAAUGCGGGAAAUCAACGUUAAUGAAGCAGAUGCGGAUUCUGCACAGUUCCGGCUUUUCGGCGGACGAAAUGAAUCAGCAACGAGCAGUUGUCUACAGUAAUACCGUGCACGCCAUGCACGAUCUUAUCAAAGCCAUGCCCAGGUACAAACUCACGUUGGAUGCGAGUCGACAGGUAGGGAAUGGCUAUGUUAGCUUUAUUAUUUUUAGUUUUACAAAAAUUUUAAUUUUUUUUUGUAAAUAGGGUGAUCAGAAAAGUCUUGGCGCGAAUUUCUUCUCAAUUUCACGUGCAAAAGCGACAAGACUUUUCUGACGCUUUGGCCCUUAUUAAAUUUACUUUGAACGAGACUAGUGGAUACCUUUUUCGGAUCUCUUCAUGAUAAUUCGGUUACAAAAGCUUAGUUCGAAAUCUUAAACUUCAUUUUUUUGCACUUUUAGUUUUUCACCAGGCUUUACCACCUGUAGUUAAUAUAUUUUUUGUUUUUUCAAUUAAAAUUUUAAUUUUGUUGUUUGUCAUUGAAUAUGUAUUUACUGUUUAAAGUUGAAGGACGUGUCUUUUCGAAGAUAUUCGUAAAUUGAUUAGUAAUUCUAUGAUAAAAUGGCCUAAUUCAAAAAAUUCAAAACAUUUAAAAAGAAAAUAAGUUGUUGUGCUUACAGGACGACGCCCAACUAAUAAUGGAAGUGAUAAAGGCUGGCGAUGAGAUGGAACCCUUCAGUCCUCAGCUUGCCCUAGCUCUAAAGCGCUUAUGGAGUGACCCAGUAAUACAUGACAAAACAUAUUCACAACGAUUGGACUUUCAUCUACACGAGUCAGCCAAACAGUAGGUUUUAAAGGUUUAUCUUUAGGUAACAACUUUUAAAAUUAUGUGAAAAAUUUGAAAAAGUGUUUUUAUAAUACUAUAUAUUAUUGUUUUUCUAAUAAUUGUGCGCCUCCUUUGUAAAGAGAAUGUUUGUGGUUAGGGGCGCAGAAUUACUUGAACAGAAUAAUUUUGUAUUUUUAGUAGUAAUAACGUAUCAUGGUUGUUCUUUAAAAGUCUUGACGUCAACUUUGCUUUGUUUUAUUUUGCUUCAAUUUUUUACUUAACAAGGAAAGUACCCAACCUGCAACUUUCAGAAUUAGCUAAAAAUUUUAAUACAGAUUCUUUGUAGUACCAGUAGCACAUAUAAAAAAUCUUAGCUUGCGGUUUUAAGUUUUAAAAUUAAUAUAUUUAAAUUUCCCGCUAAUUUGGCAAAUUUGGCAUUCUGUUGCAAGCACUUUUUUUGAUGUUUCAGACAAGAUAGGCUUACAAAUUUAAAACUGCAGGUUCAUAUGAAGCUUUUCUAUCAUUAUAUUAAAGAAAACUAGUUAAAAGUCAAAAAUGACAAAGUUAAAAGCUUGAAACACUAUGCCAAUUUGGCAGGAAAUUCAAAACGCAAUUUUUUGAUCUUGAUUUUCUCAAGACUGUCCGCAAACCGCAACUUAGAAUUUUGCAUAUGAUCUUACAGUUAAAUGAUCUUUCAAUAAAAUAAAUUUGAACGAAAUCUGAGCGUUGCAGGUCGGGUAUCUUCCUUGUUAAUAUUAAACUAGAGAAACAAAGAAAAACCCUCUCUCACUUUCGAAAGAACCCAACCAAAAAUAAAGCCUAGUUUUAAUAAAUACCAUCGCUCUAUAACCUUUCUUCGGACUUGAUAGUUCCAAAAAAGGUUGGUAACUAACCCAGCUCACUUAGCAGUGUGGCUGAACUGAAAAUUUUGGAAUGUCUAGCUAGUGCUGGGCUUAUAAAUUGUAUUGUUAUUGAAUACAAGUCUCUAAAAAUUUUUUUAAAUUAAUUAAAGUUGGCAAGGUACUUUAAAUCCAAUGCUUUUCUAAACAGAGCAGGGGUAAUCUCAUUAAGCUUGUGAUAUGACUGCUAACUAGAUCUGAAAGGAAGCCUGCUAGCCCUGGCUCAGCUUCAGAUCUUGCAAAGCAGAUUUGAAAGAAGUCGACUGGACAAUUGGGUCCGGACCGUUUAAAGGUAUACCGCUAACUUUACAAACGCCAACUGGGAUAGUAAUUAAGGAUUUAUAAGUCUAGAAUUAGCAAGACAUUCCAAAAUUUUUAGUCCAGCCACACUGAAAAGCGAGCUGAAUUAGUUACCAACCUUCUUUGGAACUAGUAAGUUCAAAGAAAGAUAAUCAAGCAAAGAUAUUUAUAAAAACAAGGCUUUCUUUUUGAUUGGGUUUCUUCAAAAGUUAGAGAGCGUUUCUUUGCUUCUCUGGUAAAGAGAAAAGAGUGAGUUUCGUAUUAUUUUUUAUCAAAUCAAUACUUUUACUUUAUUAUUGUUUCUUCAUAAUUAUAAGAAUUGUAAAAUACGGUAAGCGAACUUUUAAAAAAAAAUAAUAGUACAUUUAGUACCAAUAAAUUAAUAUUUUUAGUUUCUUGGACAAUCUCGAUCGACUAGCCAAUCCGAAUUACGUUCCAAACGAACAGGACAUUCUACUCACAAGAAUCAAGACUACGGGUAUCGUGGAAGUCCAGUUCAAUAUCAAAAAUGUUGAGUUUAGGUAAGUUAUUAUUACCUAUUAUUAUACUAGGGUCUGGCCAAGUCGAAUAUUUUGGUCAGGAUGGGGGAGGGGCAGAGACGUUUGUGCUGUUGGGAAGGUGCUAUACUAGUGCUGAUAGGAUGGUGCUAUAUAAGUACUGGUGGGAAGAUGCGAUACUAUCUUGUUUCAAAAUAUUGCUUUGUAUUCUAAUUUUGUUUUUACAGAGUAUUUGACGUCGGAGGUCAGCGAUCGGAGCGGAAAAAGUGGAUUCAUUGUUUUGAAAAUGUAAAUGCGGUUAUAUUCGUAUGUGCUGUUAGUGAGUACGACGAGGUGCUAUUUGAGGAUGAAUCAACGGUAAGUUUUGUGUAAUGUCAUUGCACUUUAUAUACUUUAUACUUUUUGGUAUUUUUAUUGAAAUUUAGUUUGAAAACCUAAGACUUAUUAUAGUUUUAAGUUAAUAUAGCCUAAAGUUUAUAGUAUAGUAGAUCUUUUUUUGUUAAGGCUCUUAUGUUCAUGUUAAUGAUUAAUUUUUUAUCUUUGAACUACAUCCUAUCAUGUAACUGACGUUAUGUUUCAGAAUCGAAUAAUAGAAUCCAUGAGGUUGUUUGAAUCAGUAUGUAACUCACGAUGGUUCAUCAACACAUCUAUGAUAUUGUUCUUGAAUAAAAAAGAUUUGUUUGCCGAGAAAAUACAAAAUAUCUCUAUACGAUCUGCCUUUCCUGACUAUAAAGGUGAGUACAAUACUUUUUGUAAAUAUUAAGUUAUAUAGCUUAUCUUGAUUAUUGUUUUUAAACUUAAUUUUCAUUAAUUAUUAAAAUAUAUUGUUACCUAAAUUUACAUUUUUUAAGAGCGGUUUCAACUUUAUAUCUACAUUAACUUUUAUACAAACUUUUACUCAUUCCAGGACCCCAAACAUAUGACGAUUGUAUAUCAUUCAUAAGGUCAAAGUUCGAAGCCUUAAACUCGAAUCCACGCAAAACAGUCUACGUUCAUCAAACAUGUGCUACAGACACGAAUCAAGUUCAGCUGAUUCUGGAUUCAGUGAUCUCUAUGAUAAUUCAAUCCAACUUACACAAGUCUGGACUGUACUAA